AUGUCAUUCCACGGGUCCAUCCCGAGGUCAUCCGGUGGAGCCAAUGAGGAAGCCAGCAACACCGCAGAUAGGGAAUCGGCAGUGGCCCCAAAAAGGAGCACACACGGAGUCGAACUCCGGCAGUGGCCCGAGUCCAAGACUGCAGGAGGAUGCUCCACCGUUGGCACAGCCCGCAAACAGCUGAUGAAACUUGGAUUUUUUCGCGCUGACGUUUUCGCGGAAACUCGCCUGCAGUCACUGCGGCUACUGGCGCAGUCACGCUUGCAAAAACUCUUGAAAUCAUGA